GCAACCAUUUAACGUAUAAUAAUAAUUUAGUUGUUAUUUUGCCAAGCGUGAUUGAAGCAUUUUAAAAUACUAAUAAUGUCCAUCCAGAAACUUUAUCAGGAACACUGUGUGGUGCCUGAUGUUAUUAAUGUUGCUCCAUCUGAAAUUAUAGAUAUCCAAUAUCCUAACGGUAUGAAAGUAGAUAUGGGUAAAGAAUUGACUCCCAAACAAGUCAAAGAUCGUCCCACAGUUAGAUGGGCAGCAAAAGAAGGUGAAUAUUACACUUUAGCUCUCGUUGAUCCCGAUGCUCCGAGUCGCGAAAAUCCUAAAUUUCGUGAAUGGCACCAUUGGCUGGUUGGCAACAUUUAUGGAGGCGAUUUGAACAAAGGUGAAGUACUUUCUGAUUAUAUUGGUUCUGGACCUCCAAAAGGCACCGGUCUACAUCGUUACGUAUUUUUAGUUUAUAAACAAGCUGAAAAAUGUGAUUUUACGAAAGUACCGAAACUCCCAAAUAACUCGGGGGACAAGAGAGGAAAAUUUUCGAUUUCUAGAUUUGCUGAGCAGUUUCAAUUGGGUUCGCCAAUUGCUGGGAAUUUCUAUUUCGCAAAAUAUGACGAUUAUGUGCCGAAAUUAUAUGCACAACUAAAAGGCUAAAAUGUUUAAUGUUUUGGAAAACC